UUACAUUCGGUUGCGCGCCGUUGUACGAGACGGUCGCACAAUUUUCGAAGCAACAACUCGAAUACGAACCCUAAAACUGCCCAAUUAAAUAAUCAAAAUAACCAAAUAGCUGCCAAAACAAACAAAGAAUAGAAAAUAAAAAGGAGAACAAAAAACCGCCCGCACACACACACAUACACAAGGAUGGGAUCAACGGGAUCCCAAACGGGCGCCGCGACGUUGCGGCAGCGACACGCGCUGUCGCUGCUCUGGCGCCUCUUCGCCGUUGUCCUCGUUCUGAACGCCUGCCAUGUGCCGAUGCUGGAUGCCAAGCAAAUCUCAAGUCUCGAUGACAAUGACAACAUGUUCUUCGAUCUGGAGGAUCAGACUCCGUUCACGGGGUCCGACAAUCUGCAGCCGUAUACGCCGCUCAGCGACGAGCCCGCCGUGGAGGGCAAUUGGUUCCAUCAGGGCGUGAGGCGUGUGCGUCGUGAGCUGAACCGGCUCUUUGGCGGCAACGAUGUCCAUCACAGGCAGAAGCGCGCCAAGAAGCCGGCCCUCAAGAAGCGUGCGACACUCACGAAACGACAGCAACGUCCGGUCAGUCCCCGGAAACGUGCCUCCGACGAUUACGAGAACGAGGUGGGCUCCGGCAACGAUGGCCUGGAAACCGUUCUAUACCGCACAAGAUUCACCGUCAAUGAGCCGUACGAGAACGACUUUAAUGACAAGCGGAGCGAACAGUUUCUCAAUCUGACCGAGGAGAUUGGCCGGGGUUUGCGCGAUCUCUUCCGGCGCACCUACGAGGGCGAUGACGACGAUGUCGAUUUGCGCUCCACUCUGCUGCAAGUCGGCCCGACAAACGAUCAGUACAAGAGCUAUGUGAUUGUCAAUCUGGAUAUACCCACCGAUGUCUUGGACUUCGAAAGCAAGCUGCGCCAUCAGCUGCAGACAUACAAUCGGAUUGGCAAUCAGAGCGCCUCGCUGGACGAUGAUUUCUAUUUCCGUCUGAUAUUAGAUCCUAACGCCCCUGAAACGACUGAACCGACUGACGAGGAAGAUGGCUCCGGAGAACCGGAAUGCCGAGGUGAUUCCACAUUCUACUGCUACCGCAGCAACACUCGCGUCUGCGACGAGAUGAGAUGCGAUGGCAAAAAUAAUUGUCCCCAAGGCGAAGAUGAAGAGGAUUGUACCGGGACCGUCGAGGUUUGCAAAGAUGAUGAAUUCAAGUGCGACGAUCGCUGCCUGCCGCUAUUUAUGCGCUGCGAUGGCCUGAUACAUUGUAACGAUGAGACAGACGAGGCUGGUUGCCCCAAUAAAGAGGAAAAUGAGCCCGAACCCGAACCUCAACCCGAACAACGACCCGAUCAGGAACAAGAUCAAGAUCGUGAACAAGAUCCCGAACAAGAUCGCGAACAAGAUCGUGAUCAAGAUCGCGGUCAAGAUCGUCAGCCCGCACCCGAACCCGAGCCCCAGCCACAGGAUUGCAGUGCCAGCGAAUAUAGAUGCCGCAAUGGACAGUGCAUUGAGGCCAGCAAGCUUUGCGACUAUGUCAAGGAUUGUCCCGAUGGCGAGGAUGAGGGCGAAGAAUGCCAUUUGAACGAUGUCAACGCAAACGAACCCGAUACCGUCGAUAUGAAUGGCAUUAUACGCAAUUAUGCAGACCAUCACCGUCCGCGACCACCGCCGAAAAUUGGUCGCGAUAACGAUAACGAUAACAAAAUGCAUAUCGGCAUGCACGAGCUCGAUGCGAAAGAGUUCUCACUGUACCUUCCCCAAGACCUAUACGAAAAGUCAAGUCCCCAAAAUCCUUGCGCCACCAAUCAAUUCGAAUGCGGGAACAAAGUCUGCAUACCGCUCCAUCUGCGCUGCGAUGGCAGCUACCACUGCAACGAUAAAAGUGACGAGGAUAAUUGCGAUCGCUAUAAACGUCCCACAACCACCAGGCGACCCGUGACGGCCGCACCGACGCCCUAUUACUGGGCAAAGGUACCGCCGGCCUCACUGGAGCGCCAGACAACAAAGACGACACAAUCGCCAUACGCAGUAACAGCAGGCACGCGUCCAACCACUAACCCAAUAUCAAUAACAACGAGAGGAGUUCUAACGAGCUGCGCUGCGGAUCAGUUCCGUUGCCGCAAUGGCGACUGCGUAUCUCAGACCGAUGUCUGCAAUGGCUUUACCCAGUGCAUGGAUGGCUCCGACGAGGAGAACUGCGAUAUAAUGCAAUGCCAGCCGAACCAGUUCCGCUGCCGGAACGGCCAAUGCGUCCACCAGGCGUUGCGCUGCAAUGGCAAGACCGACUGUCAGGACAGCUCCGAUGAGCACAAUUGUGUUUCCGACCCGUCGCCAGCCGGACGCAAUCAGCUGAACCUGAAGACCUAUCCCGAUAGCCAGAUCAUCAAAGAAAGAUAUAUUAGGGAGGGACGCGAGGUCAUCUUCCGUUGCCGUGACGAGGGUCCAGCCCGCGCCAAGGUUAGGUGGUCACGUCCCGGCGGUCGUCCCCUGCCCGUGGGCUUCACCGACAAGGGCGGACGCUUGGAAAUACCCAACAUACGCUUGGAGGACUCUGGCACCUAUGUGUGCGAAGCUGUUGGCUAUCCGAGCUACGUCCAGGGUCAACAAGUCACCGUCCACCUGACUGUCGAACGCUUUAACACUGUCGAACACGAUCGCCCGCAAACAGCCUGCAGCGAGUACCAGGCGACCUGCAUGAACGGUGAGUGCAUUGAGAAGUCGGAUAUAUGCGAUGGUGUGCCCAACUGCUCGGAUGGCUCGGAUGAGCACAGCUGCAGCCAGGGACGCAGAUGCCAGCCGAACCAGUUCCUGUGCAGCAACUCGAAGUGCGUGGAGCGCACUUGGCGCUGCGACGGCGAAGACGAUUGCGGUGACAAUUCCGAUGAGCAGUCCUGCGAUCCCGAGCCCAGCGGUGCGCCCUGUCGCUACAAUGAAUUCCAAUGCUCCAGCGGCCAUUGCAUACCCAAGAGCUUCCAGUGCGACGAUGUCAACGACUGUCGCGACGGCAGCGACGAGUUCGGUUGCAUGGCGCCCGUGCCCAUUCGCCCACCGCCACCCAUGCAAUCUCUGCUGGAGGGUCAGGCCCUCAAUCUGACGUGUACGGCAACGGGUGUGCCCACACCGACAAUUGUUUGGCGCCUCAACUGGGGUCAUGUGCCCGACAAGUGUGUGUCCACCAGCGCCGGCGGCCGCGGCGAUCUCUAUUGCCCCAAUAUGCAGUACAAGGAAAGCGGCGCCUACUCCUGCGAGAUCAUAAAUACGCGCGGCACCCACUUUGUGGUGCCCGAUACCAUUGUGAAGGUGACACCCGAUCGCAAUCAGUUCUGUGCCGCUGGCUUCUUCAACAUGCUGGCCCGUUCCAGUGAGGAGUGCAUCAAGUGCUUCUGCUUUGGUGUCGCCAACUCCUGCGAGAGCGCCAAUCUCUUCAGCUAUGCCAUACAACCGCCCAUAUUGUCGCAUCGCGUGGUCAGCGUCGAUCUGAGCCCCUAUCAGCAGAUUGUGAUCAACGAGGGCACCGGACACAGCCUGCUCACCAUGCACCAUGGCGUUCAGUUCCGUGCCUCCGAUGUUCAGUACAACAGUCGCGAGACACCCUAUUUGGCCCUGCCCAGCGAGUAUAUGGGCAAUCAGCUGAAGUCCUACGGUGGCGAGCUCAAGUAUGAGAUCAGCUAUUUGGGCAAUGGGCGUCCACUUUCCGGACCGGAUGUCAUCAUCACGGGUAACGGCUUCAUACUGACCAAUCGCGUGCGCACCCAGCCCAAUCAGUCGAACAAGGUGAGGAUCAGCUUCCUGCCCGGCACCUGGCAGAAGCCCGACGGACGCAAGGCUACACGCGAGGAGAUCAUGAUGAUAUUGGCCAAUGUGGAUAAUAUACUGAUACGCUUGGGUUAUAUUGAUGCUGUGGCGCGCGAGGUGGAGCUGACCAACAUUGCCAUGGACUCGGCCGGCACCUCGGAUCAGGGUCUGGGCAGCGCCUCCCUUGUGGAGAAGUGCAACUGUCCGCCGGGCUAUGUUGGCGAUUCGUGUGAGAGCUGCGCACCGGGUUAUGUACGCCAGCCGGGCGGUCCCUGGCUGGGUCGCUGUGUACCCUUUGUGCCAGAGCCCUGCCCGGCCGGCACCUAUGGCGAUCCUCGCCGUGGUGUGCCCUGCCGCGAUUGCCCCUGCCCCCAGAGCGGCAGCAACAACUUUGCCAGCGGCUGCCAGCUGAGUCCCGACGGCGAUGUCAUCUGCAAUUGUUAUGAAGGCUAUACUGGCAGACGCUGCGAGAGCUGCGCCGCCGGCUAUCAGGGUAAUCCGCUGGCACCUGGCGGUGCCUGCCACCGAACACCCGAGUCGACAUGCAACGUGGAGGGCACCUACAACCAAUACAGCAAUGGCAGCUGCCACUGCAAGGCCCUGGUCACCGGCGAUCGCUGCGACAGCUGUGCCCCGAAGAGCUUCCACCUGAACUCGUUCACCUAUACCGGCUGCAUUGAGUGCUUCUGCAGUGGCCUGCAGGCGGACUGUACCAGCACCUCUUGGAAUCGCGAACAGGUCAGCAGCAGCUUUGGACGUUCCCGUGCGCCGCACGGUUUCCAGCUGGUGCGCGAUUAUACACGCGUGACGCCACAGCCCGUGCCAUUCGAUACGCUUGCUUACGAGAUUAGCUUCAGGUCCAGCUCGGAUUACAGUGCCGACACCCUGUACUGGAGCCUGCCCGUACCGUUCCUGGGCAACAAGCUGACCGCAUAUGGCGGACGCCUCAACUAUACGCUUAGCUACAGUCCAUUGCCUGGCGGUCAGAUGUCGCGCAACAGUGCACCCGAUGUGGUCAUCAAGAGCGGCGAGGAUCUAACCCUUAUCCAUUAUCGCAAAUCGGCCGUCAGCCCCAGUACGUCCAGCUCGUAUGCGGUGCCCAUCAUUGAGAGCGCCUGGCAGCGCAUCGAUGGCCAAGUGGCCAAUCGCGAGCAUUUGCUGAUGGCGCUCAGCAAGAUCGAUGCCAUAUACAUCAAGGCCACGUACACGACCAGCACCAUGGAGGGCUCCCUCAAGCAGGUCGUCAUGGACAUUGCCACCGCCAACAAUUUGGGCACUCAGCGCGCCUACGAGGUUGAGGAAUGCCGUUGUCCACAGGGCUACGUUGGACUCUCCUGCGAACGCUGUGCGCCCGGCUACAAACGCAAUCCUGAGGAGGGUCUCUAUCUGGGCCUGUGCGAGCCUUGCGAAUGCAAUGGCCACUCCACCCAAUGCGAUGCCGAAACUGGCGAGUGCCUGAACUGUGCCGACAAUACCGAGGGCGAGAACUGCGAGCGCUGUGCCGGCGGUUAUAUUGGUGAUGCCAGCCGUGGCACACCCUAUGACUGCCAGCCGGACAACAAUGGACCACAGCCGCCGCAGCCGGAGCCGGACAAUCAACGUGGUUGCCAUUGGUGCAACAGCGACGGCACCGAGGACUGCCGCGGUGGCGUCUGCUACUGCAGGCGGAAUGUGGUGGGAAGUCGUUGCGAUCAGUGCCGCGAGGGUACCUUCGGUCUGUCGCCCCUACAUCCGGAUGGCUGCAAGGAAUGCUACUGCUCGGGCCAGGCGACACAAUGCCGCUCCGCGUCCGUCUAUCGCCAGCUGAUUGCCGUGGACUUUAUUAGCAACAAGGCGCUCAUCACCGACGAAUACGGCCAACAGAUGGAGAUGGAUGACACGAAUCUGAGCAAGGAUAUACCCAACAAUAAGUACACCUACACAUACCAAUCGUAUUCGCCCAAAUACUGGAGUCUGCGCGGUAAUGUCCAGGGCAAUCAGCUGCAUGCCUAUGGCGGCUUGUUGAACUACACUCUGAUCACGGAAUCGUUCGGCAACUAUGAGCCCGGUAACGAUGUGGUGCUCAUUGGCAAUGGCAUACGCCUGGUCUGGUCCCGACCGGCCGUUGAGUCCCAUCUCGAUGAGUACAGUGUCCGGCUCAGCGAGGAGGAGCAGUGGCAGCGUUUGGAUAGCGGCAGCGCCGUACCGGCCACACGUAGCGACAUCAUGAGCGUGCUGACCAACCUGGAGCAUCUGCUGAUACGUGCCACACCCAAAAUACCCACCACACGGACCUCCAUUAGCGACGUGACAUGGGAAUUAUCUGUGGAGCUGGCGCAGCCGGGCGCCGAGCAAGCCAUCGACAUUGAGCUCUGCCAGUGCCCAGCUGCCUAUACGGGCAACUCGUGCGAGAAUUGUGCCCCGUUGCACUACCGUGAAGAGAGUGGACAGUGUCGUGCCUGUCCCUGCCAGGAGGAUAAUACGGAGAGCUGUUAUCUCGGCAGCAGCGGCUAUGUCGAAUGCCAGUGCAAGGCACGUUUCACAGGCGAUCGUUGCCAGGAUUUCGACUAUGGAACACCGGAGCCAGCGCCAACCGAUCAGCCCGAUAAUAUACGCACCCAGAUCAUAGUGUCGAUAUCGAAGCCACAGAUCACCAUAAUGCCCGUGGGUGGAUCCAUGUCCCUGCACUGCAACGGUCGCAUGAAGUGGAAUAAUGAUCCGGUCUUUGUCAGCUGGUACAAGCAGAACAGCCGACUGCCGAACACAGCCGAGAUCGAGGGCGGCGUCCUCCAUUUGUAUAAUCUGCAAAUCGCCGACUCUGGCGUCUACAUCUGUCAGGCGGUCAACAAUCAGACCUCGCGCGUCUUCGAGGACAAGGUCUCGAUCACCAUAUCAAAUCAAUCGCAACGCUCGCCCGCGCAGAUCGUCAAUCUGCCCAGCACGGUGACCUUUGAGGAGUAUCAAACGAACGAGAUUAGCUGCGAGGUCGAGGGCAAUCCCGCACCGACUGUCACCUGGACGCGCAUCGAUGGCCAGGCGGAUGGCCACAUGCGCACCGAUGGCAAUCGCCUGAUCUUCGAAUCGCCGCGCAAAUCCGACGAGGGACGCUACCGCUGCCAGGCGCAAAACCAAUACGAUUCCGAUGAGAAAUACGUCCAGGUCUAUGUGCGUGGCAAUGCACCACAGCCGCCGCCGCCGGUUCGCGAACGCGUCUACAUCCAGCCGGAGGAGUACAACGGCGAGGCCGGCGACACUGUCCGCUUCACCUGCCAAUCGACCAGCGGCGCCCAGCUGCACUACGAGUGGCUGCACGACGGCUAUCCACUGAACGGCCAGCGCAACAUCCUGAUCAGCGGCGACAUGCUCGAGAUCCGUGAUGCCACCGGACGCGACUCCGGCGUUUACACCUGCGUCGGCAUUGAUUUGCGCACACGUCGCAAUUAUACGGAGGACGCACGCGUCUAUAUUGAACAGCGUCAGCUGCCGCCCUCUGGCGACGGCAUUUCGCCCCGUAUUGUGCGACUAAACGAUCAGACCUCCAUUGAUCAGGGCACCGACUUUAGCAUUACUUGCGAGUCCAGCGGCUCACCGUAUCCCAACAUCAAGUGGAUAAAGGUCGGCGAACCAAUGGCCGCCAAUGUCCAUCAAACCGGCAAUGUGCUGCGCAUUAUCAAUGCCAUACCCGAUAAUCGCGGCGUCUACGUUUGCACCGCCGAAAAUCCACACGGAUCAGAUCAGUCCAGCACUAGUAUCGACGUUGAACCUCGGGAGCGUCCGAGCGUUGAUAUAAUUCCGGCGGCGCCACAGACGUUCACCGUCAGCGCCCAGGGCAUGCUUUACUGUUCCGUCAAUGGCAUACCCGAGCCGACGGUGCAGUGGCGCCGCAUCGAUGACACGCCCCUCUCGCCCCGACACAGGCUGGUCAGCCCCGGCUACAUUCUCAUUGACGACAUACAGAUCGCCGAUGGCGGUGAAUACGAGUGCGUGGCUGAGAAUUCCGUUGGACGCACCACCGGCAUUGCCGUGCUGCGUGUGGUUGAGCCACCGAUUAUACAAAUCGAACCGGACAAGUCGCUGGUGCGCUACACCGAGGGCGAUGAGGUGCGCAUUACGUGCAUUGCCAGCGGCUCGCCCAAUCCCACGGUGCACUGGGACAACCAGCCCGUCUCGCUGGAGGGCCGGCAACAGGGCGAGAAUACGGCCUAUUUGAAUAUCUAUCGCGUGACCCAGGCCGAUGCCAAGGUCUACACGUGCAGGGCCAACAAUGAGGCGGGCACCGAUGAGCGCACCAUACGCAUCGAUGUGCAGCCCAAGCGCGGCGAUAUCGGUGACUCUGACGGUGAUGUGGAACACGAUCCCUAUCAGCAACCAUAUUACCCACAGCCGCCCACAUUGCGUCCGUACCCGACCCCGGAUAACAACCAGAGAUUCUCAACGAAUCUGGGCGACAAUGUGACCCUCACCUGUGACCUGGCACCGUUUUUGAGCACCCAGUGGGCGCGUGUCGAUGGACAGCCGCUGCUGGCGAACGCCCACUCCGAACGCAAUCGUCUGACGAUCACAUUUGUCGAGGAACAGAAUCUGGGACAGUAUCGCUGCAAUGCCAUCGAUCAGCGCGGCACGGUCGUGACCUAUGUGGUUAGAGAACUGGUCCUGCUACCGCUGCCACAGAUCACGUUCCGUCCCAAUAUACCGCUCGAAGUGGAGGCCGAUCGCAACGUGGAGAUCCUCUGCCUGGUGACGGGUGCCCGGCCCGAGAACGUGCACUGGGCCACCGACAAUAACCGACCACUGCCCAGCUCGGUGCACAUUGACGGAGCCACACUGCGCUUCAUAGCCAUAACGCCGGCCGAUGCUGGCGGCUAUAGCUGCACGGCCUCGAAUGAGUAUGGCAACGUUAGCAAGACCGCCCAGGUGGUGGUCAGGCCGCCGACCUUCUACACACAGCAGCCGCAGUCGCUGCAGCAGGAGAGCCGCGAGGGCGAGAGCAUUCACCUGCGCUGCAGCGUGACCACGCAGCGCGGCGAGCAGCGCAGCAAUACUCAGUUCCACUGGUACCGCGAGGAUGGCCGCCCGCUGCCAAACAAUGCGCGUCCCGAAAGCCAGGUGCUCAUCCUGACCUCGCUGCGUGCCGAGGAUGCCGGUCGCUACGUCUGCGAUUCGUAUGACAUCAAUACCAGACAGCGUGUGCCCUCCACCUACAUCGAUUUGCGUGUACAGCCAAAUAAGUACAAUUUGAGCUUGUAUAAGGGCGGCCAAGAUUUCCCCUGCAUGGUCUUAUAUAUAUGUGCAGAUUUUAAAUUGAACAAAAUGUCGCCGGCCAAACCACUGACACCACCGCCCGCCCGUCCCCCGAUCAUCUCCUACGCCUGCCAGCCGACCGACUUCAAGUGCAUCUCGCAUCCGCACACGUGCGUCAAGUCCAGCAUGGUCUGUGAUGGCAUCUACGAUUGCACAGAUCAUUCCGAUGAGUUCAACUGUACGGCCAGCCGAGGUGCAGCCUCAGCGGGCACGGGUGUGGGAGUCGGAGCGGGGGCAGGUCUGGGCGUGGUUACGGGCACGGCAACUGGAACUGGCACUGGCACUGGAUUGGGCAGCUUUAAGCGCUGGAAGAAGAGCUACGCCGGCAAGCAGAAGCGCUCACAGCUUUGGAAACAGGAUCAGCGAAAGCAUCGCGAUUGGACGGCAAAGCAUCAUGUUGUGCGGCUGGCAAAAAGCUUCGCGGGCAUGCCCAACCCGGGCGUAUAUCUGCCGCCUUCGAGGGUCACGCCCCCACCAGAGCCCCUGGUGCCACGCGACUACAGCCUUAAACUGGAUCAGCAGUCAUCGAAGUUGCGCGUCGGCGAAUCCACCGAAGUCGAAUGCUACUCCUCGGACAACAGCUACACGGAUGUGAUCUGGGAACGUUCCGAUGGUGCUCCGCUCUCCGCCAAUGUACAGCAAGUGGGCAACCGUCUGGUCAUCGUGCAGGUGACCGCCGCGGAUGCUGGCAACUAUGUGUGCAAGUGCCGCACGGAUGAUGGUGAUCUGUAUACGACAAGCUAUGAGCUGGCCAUUGAGGAGCAGCCGCAUGAGCUGCGCCGUCCGAAGAUCGUGCACGCCCAGGUGGGUGAUCGGGCCCAAUUGAACUGUGACGCCGAUGAGAGCCGGCAGCCCACCUAUCGCUGGACACGCCAAUACGGACAGCUGCAGCCGGGUCGCGAUAUACUCAGCGAUAAGCUGUUGCUGCAGGAUGUGCAAGCCAAUGAUGCCGGCAGCUACAUCUGCACCGCCGUCUAUAGCGAUGGCGAAUCCGUGGACUAUCCAAGCAUAUUGGGCAUCACUGGCGUCAUACCGCAGUUCCAUCAGCAACCGCUCAGCUACAUGAGCUUCCCCACGCUGCCCGACUCCUCAUUCAACUUUAACUUUGAGAUCACCUUCCGCCCGGAAUCGGCCAACGGUCUGCUGCUCUUCAAUGGACAAACGCGUGGAACUGGCGACUAUAUUGCACUCUCCCUCAAGGAUCGCAAUGUGGAAUUCCGCUUUGACUUUGGCGGCAAGCCAAUGGUCGUCCGUGCGGAACAGCCGAUCGAGUUGAAUGAAUGGCACACGGCUCGGGUACAUCGCUCCCGUCGCGAUGGAUACAUCCAGUUGGACGAACAGCAUCCGGUGGCAUUCCCCACGCUGACACAAAUACCACAGUUGGAGCUCAUUGAUGAUCUUUACAUUGGCGGCGUGCCCAGUUGGGAUCAGCUGCCCGCCGAGGCGGUGGCUCAGCAAACGGGCUUCGUGGGCUGCAUUAGUCGGCUCGCGCUCCAGGGUCGCACCAUUGAACUGAUGAAGGACGCCAAAUUCAAGGAGGGCAUCACCAGCUGCAAGCCCUGCGCCUCGUCACCCUGCGCCAACGGCGGCAUCUGCCUGGAGAGCCAAACGGAACUGGCCUACACCUGCGUCUGCCAGCAUGGCUGGACCGGACGCAACUGCGCCGUCGAGGGGACCCAGUGCACGCCCGGCCUAUGCGGCGCCGGACGCUGUGAGAACACCGAACUGGACAUGGAAUGCCUCUGCCCGCUGAAUCGCACCGGCGAUCGCUGCCAGUACAUGGAACACCUGAACGAGCACAGUCUCAACUUCAAGCGCAACAGCUAUGCGGCCUACAACACACCUCGUGUAUCGCGCAUCAAUGUGACCCUGUCGCUGCGUCCAUCCAGCCUGCGAGAUGCGGUGCUGCUGUAUGCGGCCGAGUCGAAGCUGCCCAGCGGCGACUAUGUGGCGCUGGUGUUGCGCGACGGUCACGUGGAGCUGAUCAUCAAUACGGCGGCGCGACUGAAGCCCGUGGUGGUGCGCUCACAGAAUCCGCUGCCGCUGCACAGAUGGACGCGCGUCGAGCUGCUGCGUCGCCAGGGCGAGAGCAUACUCCGUGUGGGCGAUGAGACCGAGCAGCGCGCCAAGGCGGCGGGCGCACCGCGCACGCUCUCGCUGAAGACGCCGCUGUAUGUGGGCGGCUAUGAUCGGGCGACGGUCAAGAUCAAUCGGGAUGUGAACAUAACGGACGGCUUCGAUGGCUGCAUUUCGCGGCUGUACGACUCGAUGCGUCCCGUUCAGCUGCUGGCGGGCAUCAAGGACGCGGCCAAUGUGCAGAACUGCAACGAACUGAACGAGAUUGGCGGCGACAGCGACACCGACGGCGGCGAGCAGCUGUCCAUGGGCGGGCCAGCAUUGCCAGCCGGCGGCUCCUCGCACGAGGAGGAGCAACAGCCCUAUGUUGCGGCGUCACCCUGCGCGAAUGAGCCCUGCGAGAACGGCGGCACCUGCACCGAAGUGGAGCAGCAGGCGAUCUGUGCCUGCGGCGUUGGCUACAGCGGCAAGCACUGCGAGGAGCACAUCCAGGUGAGCUUUAAUGCCUCGUUCCGCGGCAACGGCUAUCUGGAGCUGGAUCGCAACCAGUUCAGCUCGCAGGUGGACCAGCAGUACACCUCGGCGGUGGUCGUCUUCUCCACCAGCAAGCCCAAUGGCCUGCUGCUCUGGUGGGGCCAGAACGCUGGCGAGGAGUUUACCGGCCAGGACUUUAUAGCAUUGGCCGUCGUCGAUGGCUUUGUGGAAUAUGCGCUGCGUCUGGACGGCGAGGAGGUGGUCAUACGCAAUGUGGACACGCCCGUCGAUGAUGGACAGCGUCACAUUGUGCUGGUUAAGCGGGCGGACAACACGGCCAUACUGGAGGUCGAUCGCAUCUCCGACUCUGGCGAGACACGGCCCACCAGCAAGAAGGAGAUGCAUCUGCCCGGCAACGUCUAUAUUGGUGGCAUACCGGACAUCUCGAGCUUCACGGGCAAACGCUACACGCACAACUUUAACGGUUGCAUUGUCUUUGUCGAGGGCGAAGCCGUCGGCCAGAUCAAUCUGGGCAAGGCCGCUGUCAACGGCGUCAACGUGGAUACCUGCCCCGUUAACGAUGAGGCCCUGGGCGGCACCGAACCACCCGUCGUUUAAGGCAACACCCAGAAGAGAUGAAAGUAAACAAAACAACAACAAAAAAAAAACAUAAAAACAAUCCCACAACAGAAGUUAGC